AUGCCUGAGAGCGAUAUCGACACCGCACUUCUGACGAUAGGUAAUGGUCCUACAGGCUACGGAUGCGGCCAGCUGAUCAUUCUCGCUGUGAGCUUUGCCACCACCAUGUUCUCGGUGACUGAGUCCAUGGGCAUCGGCUAUGUAAUAGUGCGGACCUCCUGCGAGUGGUCCACCUCGAGGGAGGAAAAGACGUUCAUGGCGAGCGCCCUUCUCGGAGGUAUGGUGGCCUCCGGAUUCUUUCUGGGCUUUCUGGCGGAUAGGUAUGGUCGGAAGUUCACGAUAAGGGCAUCGCUAGUGGGUGCACUCAUAUUUUCAUUCGUUACGGCGUUGAUGCCGAACCAGUACGCCUUCUCCACCACCCGUAUUGUUGUGGGUCUUUUCCUUUCCGGUUCGGCAUCGCUCGCCAUAGGCUUCCUCAUCGAGUUCCAUGCGCCAAGGUGGCGGCCGAAAGUCUCGAUGCUGGUCAGCUUUGCCGUGGGCUUUGCCCUGGUCAGCUGCCCGCUCUUUGCCAUGAUGCUGCUCCCUCAAAAUGUCUCAGUAAAAGUUACCGACAAUUACGUGCUGCAGGACUGGCGCUUUCUCGUGAUGACCCUUGCACUACCAGGAAUUGUUGCCUUAAUUUCAAUUUCCUUCGUGCCGGAGACUCCGUAUUUCCUAUUGUCCGCGGGUCGCAUGGAGGAAGCUAUAGAAUCUUUAAAAUGGGUGGCGAAGAUGAACGGUAAAAUGUGGGACGAUUUGAAAAUAGAGCUGACGCCACUACAUCGAGACACCUUAUUGGAAAACAUGUCCGUCUGUAAAGAGCUUUUCUACGAAACAUUCCGGCUUUUUCGACCCCCGUUUACCUGUAGGUUUGUGGGGUGUUUGCUGAUUCUGUUUGGAGUAUUCUUUAACUCAGUUGGCAUGGGAGUGUGGUAUCCGAUCAUCCGUAAUACACCUGAUACUGGAAAACCUCAGCGGCUGUGCGACAACCCUGCUAUUACCGGAAAAGGAAACCAUUCAUCAUCAGACGAAGACAAGGCGUGCAACGACCAGUUCACGAACUUUCACGACCCCAUCUUUUACGGGUGCGCCUACCUGGUAUUCUACGCGGUUGCUACCGUCCUCGUCCUCUUUAUACCCCGAAGAUAUGUCAUGGCGCUGCACAUCGGUACCGGAGCCAUACUGGGAUUCACCUUAAACUUUGUGACAGAUCCGCUCGCUGUGUUGCUGUGCUUCACUGGCCAAAUAUCAGUACCAGGAGUUCUAGUAUCAUUAUCAUCCUCGGUGAUGGUCGACCUCCUGCCCGUCCAUAUGCGUGGCAAGGCGCUCUGUUUGGGAAGAUCUCUGGCCAGGCUGGGAUCUGUGGUAGGUUCCAUUCUGGUGGGCUUGGUGAUGAAGGUCUCCUGUAAUAUUACCAUCAAUAUCUUUGUCGUCUACUUGGCGUUUUGCACUGUUGUAUGUCUACUACUGCCUAAAGGUCCCUGAAAAUUGAAGCCACCUUUGCUGAUUUGUUAUCAGAGA